UUGACACGUUGGUACAGGGUUAGAAAAAUCGGAAACUCCUGUGAAGAUUUUAUUUAAGAAUGUUUUCAAUUUAGUCCAGAUUUUCUUAUCAAAGUGCGUGAGUAAAUUCUUGCGGUAUCUUUAUUAUGCUCAACUGAGUAGACUUUGUCCUCUAGUUAAGUCCAGAAAUAUCGAGUCAGGCACGUAACAUUGUUUCAAAAGAACAGUAUAUUGCCUCGAGGGGAAGCAAUUUAGUGGUUUUGAACACCUUUCGAGUCCCGAAGCGCUACUUGAGUUCAGUUUGCUUUAAAAAAGCCGAACAUGAGUGAAACAAAAUUUUCAAGACUUUUGGACGAGGAAGAGUAUGAAAUUCAUUCUGCAAAUUUAAGCGCAAAUGAUAACGAAGGAGUUUACUUGAGCGACGGUGAGCCAUGGGGAAGAAUUGAUUACGUAUUGGUCUUUGAAACUUGUGAAGAAAACGAAGAAGCAAGUGAACAAUCUAACGCGGAAACCCUAAAACUGACGACCCAAAGAGCAUUCUUCGAAAACCAGCUCAAAAGACGAGGAUUAAUCCUUCAGCGACAGACACGAGUAAUUCAAAAGGAUACUGAGGUUUUGAGGCAUUUUGUCUUGAUCCACGCUCCCUUGGAAGUUCUAGCUGAAAGAGCCGAGAUUGCAAAACUUAAGGUUCCGCUUCAGGUUAACGACACCGUUUUUAGUUCUUGGUUGGAGUACUUGCUGGGAUCAACCGUAGUUACGGCCAUUAACAAGCGAAACCCUUUUAAAAUUCGUGAUGCAUCCAUUAAGAAAAAUACAGAUUAUUUUAUGGGCUCAUUCAAAAGAGAUCAUCUUUCCAAGUAUGUCAUCGAUCAAAAUAUCAGCGAAAAUUCGCUUUUCUCAGUCAUUGAUCGCCAACAUCUUCUGCAGCAAAUCCUUAACAGCACACCUUUCUCAGAUCAGCCGAAUGACGUGGGUCUCUCAAAGCUUCUUUAUGAUGGUGUAUAUCUGGCAUGUUACCCUUUGCAUGAAGGAAAACAUCGAUUAGAAAGUGGCGAGUCUCCAGUCAACACGCGCCAACAAUUGAAGAGAGACUGGGCACGAUUUGGCAGAAUUUUCAAAUACCAACCGUACGAUACCAUCAAGGAGUACUUUGGCCAUGAAAUCGGCUUGUACUUCGCCUGGCUCGGAUUUUACACUGGCAUGCUGGUUCCACUUGCAAUGAUUUCUUUAAUCGUCUUUCUAUGUGGCAUUAUAUCAACUGGUUCUUAUGUUCCAGUACUUGACAUGUGCAACGAAGACAACAGGGGUCGAUGGUACAUGUGCCCAUUGUGUGAUCGCCGGUUUAGCUACUGGAAUUUAGCUCCAGACACCUGCAUUUACGCGAAAUUAACGCAUUACUUUGACCAUAAUGGAACUGUAGCUUUGGCUUUCAUCGCUUCCAUGUGGGCGUCACUUUUUCUUGAAUUCUGGAAACGGCGUCAAGCUUUUCUCGCCCAGAAAUGGCACACAUCGGAGUUUGAAGAAGAGGAAGAAGAAUUUCGCCCAGAGUACUUAGCGAGCUUGACUGAGGAAGACCUUAAUCCUUACAAAGCAGACCCAUUAACUGGAAAAUUUGGCCCAAACGUUAUCAAAAUAAAGAAGUUUCGACGACUGGGUUUAGUGUGCAAUGUCAUUACCUUCAUGAUACUUCUCGUUAUUGCAGCAAUGGUAGGUGUGGUUGUGUACCGUGCAGCAGUUUUCGCAGUUUUCAGCAGCAGUUCGGACAAGAAAAUCGAGCAAGGGGCCCGGAUCCUGACAACAGCUACAGCAGGCUUGCUUAACCUGAUAGCAAUCACGAUUUUAAAGUUUGUUUACAACAAACUCGCUGUCUUUCUGACGGACUGGGAGAACCAUCCCACCAGGACGGCUUACAAAGAUAGCUUCACCCGCAAGAUGGCCCUGUUCCAAUUCGUCAACAAUUACACUUCUAUUUUCUACAUCGCUUUCUUCAAGUCAGAGAUAAUUGUUGGAACUCCAGGCAGGUACAAAAGAGUGCUCGGUAAAUAUCGACUGGAUGGGUGUAGCGAGCAAGGAUGUUUUUUGGAGCUGGCCAUUCAGAUUGCCAUUAUCAUGGUUGGACAGCAAAUUUUCUACAACUUCACAGAAAUUGGAAUUCCGUACAUGAUGUUGUUAUGGAAACAGCGAAGCCAGGAGAAGGUUGGUGACCGACCACAGUACGAACAAGAUUUUGAUUUGAAUCCUUUAGAGAAGCAUUUCAUGUUCUGGGAAUACCUUGAAAUAGUUCUGCAGUAUGGAUUUAUAACCAUGUUCGUCGCUGCAUUUCCUCUGGGCCCGUUGUUUGCACUUCUAAAUAUAAUCGUAGAGAUUCGCUUGGAUGCCAUUAAUUUUUUGUGCCACUUCCGCCGUCCUGAUGCCGUCCGAGCUGAAGACAUAGGAGCCUGGUAUACUGUAUUGGAAGUCAUCACUAAGAUUUCCGUGUUGGUGAACGCGUUUGUUUUAGCUUUCACCUCCGAAUUUAUUCCCAAGCUCGUCUACAAGAUGGUUUACUCUGGACGAAAUGGCGAUCCCUCUAGUAAAGGGACACUCAUAGGAUACGUCAACAACAGUCUCGCAUCCAUUGACCUAAAUACGCUCUACACGUGGGAAAAUGGCACUCAACCAAUUAAUCCAACACAAAAUCUUAAUUACACGCGGAACUACUGCAGGUAUAAAGGUUACCAUGAAGACUUUUACCCGUACAAGCGUUCUCGAGAGUACUGGAAUAUUCUAGCUGCUCGACUUGCUUUCGUGUUUGUUUUCCAGUUCAUUGUGUAUUUUAUCACAACGUUCAUCGCAUGGAUCAUUCCCGACAUUCCCGAAGAACUCGAAUACAAGAAGAAGAGAGAGAAAGAGCUGGAAAAAGCAGUUAUCCGUGAUCACGAUAACUCGAACAUCUAAUGUUCUUGUAAUUCCCCUUUAUCUCUUUUAUUAGUGAAGGAUGAGUUACCAUCGCAAGAAAAACAGCAAAAACAUUCUUUGCUCCUUUUUUUUAUUUCACAAAUGAUAAGGUAACUUUCAAGUAAAUGAAUCAAAAGUACUAUGAAUAAACUGAUCACAGAUUGAUUUUUUGCAAAUAGAGAGUGUAAAGCCACUUGAAAAAGACAAUGCUAAGGUGAAGAUAAGUGCUUUUCUAUUGCGGUUAAGAGAAUAUUUAAAAAACGUCAAAUAAAAAUUUUAUCUCUUAUGUUUA